AUGUUUGCAAAUCAACCAUUUUUACUCGGCUUACAUUAGAUACUCUUCAAUUUGUAACGGAAAGCAAUGGCGAACUCAAACGUUCUCUCUCUAACUUUUCGCUCUCCUCAAGAGAAGGAUCAGCUUGAUCGAAGUGUGAAAAGGAUCAAGAAUGUUAAUCCAAUCGCUACUGCUCCAUCUAGAGAAGAGCAUAUGGCGGAAGCUGCAGCCAAUCCCCAGUCCUAUAGAGACAAACUGAUCUGCGAUGGUUCUUUCGAAUCUCCUGACGAGGACCUUUCUUUUGAUGCCAUUCCUGAAUAUCUUGAUGAAGAUUCAGAUAUCGACGAAGAUCCAGAUGACCCGACGCCGAUAAUCCUCUUCUCCAAAGAGGAAAAAAGACGCAUGCGCGAACCAUGGAAAAAUGCUCUUAUUGUGAAAACCUUUGGCAAGUCAGUGGGUUACAAUUUCCUUUACGGGAGUCUCAAAGCCCAAUGGAAACCAGCAGGUAAAUGGGAUUGCAUUGAUUUAGGAUAUGGCUUUUUUCUUGUUCGUUUUCAGGUACACGAAGAUCUCAGUAAGGUCAUCAAUGGUGGCCCCUGGUUCGUGGGUACAAACUACCUCACUAUCAGACCAUGGGAACCGAAUUUUAAGCCUGAAAAUGCCACUUUCUCACACACAGUGGUGUGGGCACAGUUGCCGGGCCUCUCAGCAGAAUACUAUGACACUAUCUCCUUGCAACGUAUUGGCAAUGAAAUCGGAACUCUUCUCCAUGUUGAUGGCCAUACAGCACACCAUACACGUGGACAAUAUGCUCGUGUGUGUGUUAGAAUAGAUUUGAAUAAACCCCUUGUAAAGCUUCUCAGAUUGGGCAAAAUUCGUCAGAAAGUUGUUUAUGAGGGGAUUAGGGGACUCUGUUUUGCAUGUGGUCGAAUUGGUCAUCGCAAAAAGGUUUGUACCUUUCAGUCUAGGCCAUCUGCAACUGCUAGUGUUAUCAAUUUUAAUCUCCAGAACCAGGCAAACAUUAAUGAAGAUGCUGAAAUCAAUGUCACGGGUUGCGAAAAGCCGGAGGCUUCAACCUCCACAGAAGGGGCUGGAGGCAUCCAAGUUGCUAGCAACAAUCAUGUCCCUAACUACACGGAGGAGCCUAGGCAUAUUCAGGAUAAUCAAUCUGAUGAAUUUGGUCCUUGGCUUAUUGUGGAGCGGAAAAAAAAGAAGAAAACCCAGAAACAGGUGCCGGAAUCUUCAUCAGAAGGGAAAAGCAAUGGGCCCAAGGUUCCUAAGGGCCCCACAGAAUCGAACCAAAGAUCAGGGUCGAUGAACCAAUUGAGUUACAGACCAGUCAAGGUUGGAAGAGCUAACGGUACACCUGCAGGAGCAUUUAAUGUAAAAACUCAAUUCAAACCUGCUAAACAAACGGUUCUAAAAUCAACCGUUACCAACUCUAUGUCUAUCCAUAUGGAUAUAGGCCCAAAGAGGGAUUCCAUAUCCACAAGUUCCGCACCUAUUGGGAAAGAGAUUGGGGCCUCAUCCAAGACUACAUCUGAAGAUUUUGGCACAAAUGAAAAUGUGGGCCAAAGCAACAACCCAACAAAGGCCAUUAUUCCAACAAAGACUAUCUCUAGCCCAAUGUCUGGGCUUUGUAGACUUUUUUCCAAUGCUCCAGCCACCCUUGAAGCUGCAUUGCUCACUGUUAAAGAAAGGAUUAAGAAUCUUGAAUCAAGUUCCAUCCUUACUUCUGCACCAUCAAAUUCCUCUAUUCUCCCAAAAUCUUCUUCAGAGAUCAGAAAUGAGCAAUCUAGUAGCAGCUUCGCCAAUUCCCCAGCUCAGCCCCAAUUUGAAAGUUCUACUAGUCAACAACAACAAUGUAAUUUCAUUGGAGGAAGCCCUAGAGCUGUUAUUGUCAAGGGAGGAGAAAAUACACCCGUUAUGGAAGGAGAGGGAUCUAUUCAAGGCUUGGCGCAAUCCUCUCCUAACUCUCAAAUCCAUAGAUCCUCUUCCUUUUCUAAGCUCAGUGCCAGCUUUGAAGGAAGAUUCAAUAGCUAUGGUAGAUCAAUGCAGUACUCAAAAGCUAGAGUUCACUACCGAAGGAGCAAGCAUAGAAGAGAUAAAGGGCCCUACCCAACCUCUGAAAUUUCUAGCCCAGGCACGGCAGGAACAUCUCCAAAUCUCCGAUAUGAUGGGCAAGAUGGAGACGAUCCAUGUUAUCAUCAAGCCCUCAAUAUUGCUGGGGAUGGAGGAGAUGGAUUACAAAUGCCUUAUGCUUCCGUGUCACUUUCCGGGGGCCAAAAUGAUGCUGUUGCACAGGGAAACUCAGGAACCAUUUUCAAUAGGCGCAUGAGAGAUUUGAAGAAUCAACACUCUCCCUCAAUUAUGCUUAUUCUUGAAACAAAGCUCUCUGGCCAGGAUGCUAGGAAAGCUGCGGCUGAAUGUGGAUAUCCUUGUAGCCAUGUAGUUGAUUCAGAUGGUAGGGCCGGUGGUCUCUGGCUAUUGUGGGAUGAUAAUGAAGUGUGUGUCGAUGUUGUCACCUCAACUUUUCAAGCAAUCCAUGCAAUUGUCCAGGUACGCUCUCACCCCAUCUUCUCUAAAUUUCAUUGGUUUCUUUCUGGUGUUUAUGGUAGACCCCAAUUUGAGCUUAGAACUCACUUAUGGAAUGAACUGCGUGAGGUUGCAAAAUAUUUCAAUGGGCCUUGGCUUGUGAUUGAAGACUUUAAUGAUGUUGUGGAUCAGGUGGAAAAAUUUGGAGGUGCUCCUAUUAGUCAAUCCCGUGUUCGUGCUUAUACUGACUGCAUGAGCGACUGUAACCUUAUGGAUAUUGGGUACACCGGGGGUAGGUUUACUUGGGUUAAUAUGAGGGAAAAUAACCAUGUCAUUAGGGAACGUCUUGACAGGGCUUGGGCUAACCCUGAUUGGCGUCUUCAAUUUCCUGAUUCAAAUCUUCUUCAUCUCCCUCGUAUUAGCUCUGACCAUAACCCACUUCUCCUCUGUCUUGAUAACCCAUUGAUGAGGAGUGGGGAUAGGCCCUUCAGAUUGGAGAAAUUUUGGUUAGAUCAUUUUGAGUUUCAUGAUCUAAUCUCUCCUAUCUGGUCUGCUCAAAAUUUGUGCACGUCGCAAUGUAUUAAAAAAACCCAAACUUCAUGUAGAAUUUGGAGUAGAACCACUUUUGACAAUAUUUUUGUUAAAAAGCGGAUUCUCAAUGCUAGACUUGAAGGCAUUCAUCGUUCCCUCUCGCAAAAUCCUUCCACUUUUCUUACCUCUUUAGAGAAGGAGCUUACCCUUGAAUAUGUGGAAGUCUUGAAAUUGGAGGAAGAUUUAUGGUUUAUGAAAUCCAGGUCUAACUGGAUUGUUGAUGGGGACCGUAAUUCCAAAUUCUUCCAUUUAUCUACCAUUAAGCAUCGAAAUCAUAAUAGAAUCUUCUGCCUUCGUACCUCGGAUGAGGAUUGGAUUUGUGAUCAGCAGGCUAUUGUUGAUCUUAUCAAGAAUCAUUUUAUGCAUCUCUUUACCUGUUCUCUUGAUUACUCUUAUCAUGAUUCCUUCUCUAAUCUGGGAGUUGGUAUCUCGGAAUCCCAUGACUUAAGCUCUCUGGACAACCCUAUUACUGAUGAAGAGAUACGUAAUGCUCUUUUUGGUCUUAAGCCUUUCAAGGCUCCUGGACCUGAUGGUCUUCAUCCUGGUUUCUUCCAGAAAAUGUGGGAUUCAGUGAGAAGUAUUUUGUGUAGUGACAUUCGCAACACUUUCUCCUCGGCUUCUCUCCCUGCUGAAUGGAAUGAGUGUUUAAUUACUCUUAUUCCCAAAACUAAAGCUCCUGAAACAGUUCAGCAGUUUCGUCUUAUUGGUCUCUGUAACACUACUUAUAAAAUUAUCUCCAAGAUUAUUGUGAAUAGGAUGAAACCUGUUUUAGAUGACUUGAUAUCUCCUUGCCAGGCUAGCUUUGUUCCCGGUAGAAAUGGUAUUGAUAAUGUGCUCAUCCUACAGGAGCUUGUUCAUUCCUUUUCUAAGAGGAAAGGUCGGGUGGGGGAUAUGGUGGUUAAACUUGAUCUCGAAAAGGCCUAUGACAGGCUAGAAUGGAGCUUCAUUAGAGAAGCCUUAACUUUCUUCAAGUUCCCACCAAAACUCAUAUCUCUUGUUAUGAAUUGUGUUUCCUCUUCUACUAUUUCAAUUUUGGUUAAUGGUAAUAAAACUGAUGCUUUUCUUCCUUCUAGAGGCAUCCGUCAGGGUGAUCCUAUCUCACCUUAUUUGUUCAUCCUAUGCAUGGAAUACCUUUCUAUCAAACUUUCCAAUGGUAUGGCUAAAGGCAAAUGGAAGGGUUCUAAGGCGGGUAAGCGUGGACCUACUUUAUCUCAUAUUUUUUUCGCUGAUGACUUAAUUUUUCUUGGGAAAGCUACUCUUACCAAUGCACAAUAUCUUAAGGAUACUCUUGAAUUCUUCUGUUCUCGGUCUGGGCAAAUGGUCAACAAUGCUAAAUCUAAGAUUUUAUUUUCAAAAAAUGUUGAUCAAAUUACUAGAGACAACAUUAGUCAAAGCUUGGGUUACCAGCAGACAAAUGAGCUUGGCAAGUACCUAGGCAUCCCUAUUGUGGCUAAGCGAUGCUCUAAGGUUAAUUGUGAAUUUAUCCUUGAGAAAAUCCGCUCAAAGCUUUCAAGAUGGAAAUCUAAAUUUUUCUCCAUGGCUGGUAGAGCCACGCUUGUGUCAUCUGUUCUUGCCUCCAUUCCAAAUUACUUCAUGCAGGUGAUGUGGCUUCCCUCUUCUGUCCAUAAAGAAAUUGACAGAAUUUCUAGGAAUUUUUUAUGGGGUUCUGUUGAGGACCAACACAAGAUUCAUCUUGUGGAUUGGGAGACUAUCUGCAAACCCAAAACUCAUGGUGGCCUUGGAAUUCGUUCUGCUCGUAAUGCUAACACUGUCGCCAUGAGCAAACUCAACUGGAGAAUUCACAUAGAAAAGGACAAAAUGUGGAGAGAGGUGUUGGUUAAGAAAUACAACAUUAAUGACCUCCAGUUUGCUCCUUCCUCUUCUGCCUCUCCAGUUCUUAAAAAUUUAUCUAAAGGUACUCCACUUUUUACUUCUGGUAUCAAAUGGAUCCCUCGUAAUGGACUUUCGAUUCACUUUUGGACCGAUCACUGGGUCGGGAAAGCAUCUCUUGAUUCUAUCUUAUUUGGUCCCUUUGCUAGAAACGCCUCUAAGAUCCUUCUUGCAGAUGUUUUCCAAGGGGGUGUUCUUGAUUUUGAUACCAUUGGUUAUCAUAUUCCCCUGGAAUUGAGUAUGCAAAUCCUUGUUGUUCCCAUGUUAAGCUAUUAUUUUGAUUCUGAUAAUUUUUCAUGGAAGGAAGAAUCCAAUGGUAUCUUCUCUUCCUCUUCGGCCCAUAAAAUCCUUACUUCUAAGGAUCGUCAGGUGAAUGAUAAUUGGAAUUGGAAGUGGAUUUGGAAAUCCCCAACCUUCCCAAAAAUCCAAAUAUUCUUGUGGUUGCUUGCUCAUGGUAAAAUCAAAACUCUAGAGUAUCUCCAUCAUCUUAGCAUUGUCGAUAAUCCGACUUGCUUGAUAUGUAGGAGACAAACGGAGUCUAUUGAUCACGUUUUUAGAGACUGUCCUCAUGCUGUUGCUGUUUUCAACAAAUUAUCUCAUGUUUUUACUAACAGCCAAAAUGCUAUGAACUUUAGGCAUUGGCUGUUUGAGCAUACUCACAACAGCUCUCUUAGUCCUUUUUUCAACAUUCCUUGGGCUGUUAUUUUUUGCUUUGCUAUUUGGGUUCUUUGGAAUCAAAGGAACCAUUUUUUGUACUGCCAUCAAUCUGUGGACAUUCAGAGGACUCAUGACUUAAUUAUUGAAAGGGCCAUUGAAUAUUGGGCAUCUGCUCCUAUUUCUAGUGCAGCUCAUAAACAAUACCUUAGGCUCAGCUCCUGGGAACCACCACCCUCCCUCUGGUUUAAAAUUAAUACUGACGGUUCUACAGUUGGGAAUCCAGGUUAUGCUGGCUGUGGGGGAAUUGUUAGAGAUUCUAUGGGUCUGUGGGUUGUUGGUUUUUUGAGAAAUAUUGGUUACACUACUGCUCUGGCUGCUGAACUUUGGGCUAUUAGGGAUGGUCUAUUUAUUGCUAGAAACCUCCAACUGCAGAAUGUUAUCUUGGAGACUGACUGUCAAGUGGCCUAUGCUCUUUUAUCUAAAGAUCAUAAUCCUUUUCAUCCUCACAGCACGCUGUUAAUGGAUUGCAGGGACCUUUUGCGCAGCAUUCCCCAAGUUCAACUCAAGCAUGUGAUGAGGGAAAGCAACAUGGCUGCUGAUGCUGUUGCUAAAAAAGGAGCUAUGGCCCUUCAUGGUUUUCAUAUUUUGGUUAAUUGUCCACCUGACGUGGACUUGUUGUGUAUGGCUGAUCGUAUAGGGGUUUGCUACCCCAGACUGUAACUAUUUUGUUUAUUUGUUAUAAUAUCUUCCUUUUACCAAAAAAAAAAAAUUUGUAACGGAAAGGUGCUUUUAGUGGGUAAUAAUUAAUUAUUUACUCA